AUGUCUUCCGGCGGGCAUGGCACGCAGGGCGGCGGGCACGGCAACGCGGCGAGUGCAUCUGCCUUGCCGCGGGUGUUGACGACAGCUGGAGUGCGGAAUCGAGGCAGGCAGGACGACGAGCCGGGCACGUGGUUCAUCGAGGGACGUUCGACCAGCAAAGACACGACGGAUCGUCGUCCGGCGAGCAAGGCGGGAGAGGGACGGGCGGCGGUGGAGAUCGGGGCGCAGAAGGACUUGCCUGCGCGAGGGGCGCUCUUUGUGGCAGAGCUCUCCCGCGGCGAGGGUGGAUUGCGAGGAGGAGCGCGGGGUGACAAGGCAGAUGGGCGGGGCUACUACGAGGCCGACCACACUCGGACGCGUCCGUCUCCUACAGGCACGCGGCGGCGGUGCAGACGACUGGGGAUGCUGCAGAUGGCGAGGGCAGGGAGAGACGAGUUGGAGUCGAUAGCCGAGUGCGUGGGAGGUGCCCGCAUAGGCUUCACGGACACGACAGUAUCGAUGGUCCUGCAAGACGGAGGUAAGCCGCUCAUUGGCACGGAGAUACCAUGCACGCUCAUGCGAGAGCUGCAGAACGCGGCAGAGACGACUAUGUCGGCGUCCGAGACCCUGUGGUAG